UUUUCCCGCUUUUCGUGCCCUCAGGAAAAAUGUGUAUUAAUUGUUUUGUAGGCUGAAGAUGGCGCAAUACACGCCCCGCCAGGCGCUGGCCACGCCGGCCGCCCACGAGUUCGGGUUCCCGCACACUCCGUACGAAAUCCAGGAGCAGCUGAUGCAGGAACUCUUCCGGGUGUUGGAAAAUGGGGGCAUAUUCGAGAGUCCCACAGGCACCGGCAAGUCCCUGACCCUCACCUGCGGUGCCCUCACCUGGCUGGACCGACACGAGGCCCUGGUAAAGUCCGAAAUGCUGGCGAGGAUCGUUGCCGUCGAACAGGAGCUGGAAAAGUUGCAGACGGAAGGCGAGCGGGCGACCGACUGGCUGGAGGCUCAGGGUAAGUCCCGACUGCAGCGGGAGGAGCUUCAGAAGCUGCAACACGUACGGGGACUGCUGGAGAAGCGGGAACAGCAGCUGGCGGAGAUGAGAGAGCGUGUGAAGAGCAGGAAAAAGCAGAAGAGCCGAGAGUCUAGGCCGAAGGUGGAGGAAGCGAAGGAGGAGGAGCCGGCCUCUGAUUCCGACUCGGAUGGAGAGCAUGAGACUGCCGAUAGCACCGAGGAGCCCUCGGAGGAUCGGUAUCGUCCCGUACAGAUAUUUUUCUGCAGUCGCACGCACUCGCAGCUGGCGCAAAUCGUGUCAGAGCUGCGCAAGACCCCGCAUGGCAAUUGGGUGAGAUGCAUCUCCCUGGGCUCUCGCCAGCAGCUGUGCGGCAACCCCCAGGUGCGGCGUCUGAAGCAAGUUGGGCUGAUGAACGAGCGCUGCUUGGAGAUGGCCACCCAGAAGAAAUCCCAAGCGAAUCCCAGCAAGAAAAGUCGCCUUAGCGAAGCAGAAACAUCCAGCCAAGGCAGAUGUCCGUUGAAGACGCAAUCUCUGGUGGACUCCCUCAAGGACUUGGCCCUCAGUGAGCCCCUGGACAUUGAGGAAUUGGCCACGGAGGGUGCAGCCUGUGCGGCCUGCUCGUACUAUGCCUCCCGAGCUGCACUGGAUCAGGCCCAGCUUAUAUUGCUGCCGUAUCAGCUGCUGCUUCAGAAAUCCGCCCGCCAGCAGCUAGGCAUCAAUCUCAAGGGAAGCGUUCUUGUUGUGGACGAGGCACACAAUCUCCUCGAUAGUUUGGCACAGCUACAUGGCGCCGAGAUCAACAAACGGCAGCUGGAAAGGGCCCGGACCGAGAUCUCUGCCUACAAGGAGCAGUUUCAAAAGCGUUUCAGCACCAGGAAUCUCUUAAAGAUCAACCAGCUCAUCUUCAUAGUCAAGCGGCUGCUGAAAAUUCUGGAGCAAGCAGAGUCCUCGAGGAUGCUGCGUACCUACGAACUGACCGCCGAGGGUGACUUCUUUAACAUUGAUCUCCACGAGCUAUUGGAGUUCUGUGCGCGUACCCGUUUCGCACGCAAGGUGCAGGGCAAUGCGGCCAGGAUGCAAAGGGAGCCGCAGCCCAGCGAGAAUCAACCGCCUUCGGCGCGAAGUCUAAUACUCCAGCGAUUGACCAAGGAGCACGAGGAGAAGGAGAAGCCCAAGCAGGGCAAGAGGAAACUGGAGGAUAUGCAGGAACCUGCAGGGGAGAAGAAGGAGCCCACAGUGAAGCCCCUGCUGGAAGUGGCUCCCUCGCCGAUUAGACCUUUCUUGGCCUUUCUUGAGACACUCACCAGCGAUGCGGCGGAUGGUAGGAUACUGCUUGAUCCUCAGGGAGGAACCUUUAAGUAUUUGCUCCUGGAUCCCGCUGAGCAAUUUGCUGAGAUCCUCCAAGAUGCCAGAGCAGAAACUGUCUCUCAAAAACGCAUUUAAUCCUUUUGUGCGGCUAUGUAAACAGCGAU